CCCCCGGUCCCGCUGUCCCCGCCCGUCCGGGGCGGUCCCGCCGCUCCUUCCGGCAGCGAUGGCGGCGGCGGCACUGCCGGGACUGGGUCCCGGUGAGGUCGCAGCGGCCGCUCAGGCGUUGGCGCUGCCCGCGGAGGCGUUCGGCAACGACCCCCGCGUGGAGCUGGCCUGGGCCAUGAGGGCCCACCAGCACGCCCAGGUCUACUUCAACCAGAUCUGCUCGGUGGACCCCCAAUUCCUGCGGCUGACCCCGAUGGACGAGCGGAUCUACGAGAACUUCCGCGGAACCUUCCGGAACCUGCGCCUCGACCGCCUGGACCCCGAGGAGCUGAAAUCUGAGGCUGCCAAGGCGAAGUGGCGCCCGUUCUGCCUGGCCUUCGAGGGCCUGGUGGAGGAUUUCAAUUUCGGGACGCUGCUGCGCCUGGACGCGCGCGGCGCCUACACGGAGGAGAACACCAUCCUCGCCACCAGGAUCCAGUUCUUGGCCAUCGAGAUCGCCCGGAACAGGGAGGGCUGCAACCAGGAGCUGCACCGGCGGCAGCGGGAACGCGGGGACACGGGGGAGAGGGAGCCCGAAACCCAAUAAACCCUGCAAGGAAUUCAAUAAAUCCUGCAAGGAAUUCAAUAAAUCCUGCAAGGAAUUCAAUAAAUCCUACAGAAACCCAAUAAAUCCUGCAAGAGGUUCAAUAAAUCCUACAGAGAUCCCAUAAAUCCUGCAAGAAAUUAAAUAAAUCCUACACAGAUCCAAUAAAUCCUGCAAGAAAUUCAAUAAAUCCUACAGAAACCCAAUAAAUCCUGCAAGAAAUUCAAUAAAUCCUACACAGAUCCAAUAAAUCCUGCAAGAGAUCCAAUAAAUCCUAAAAGAUCAAUAAAUCCUACAGAGAUCCAGUAAAUCCUGCAAGAAAUUCAAUAAAUCCUACAGAAACCAAAUAAAUCCUGCAAGAGAUGAAAUAAAUCCUACAGAGAUCAAAUAAAUCCUACAGAGAUCCAAUAAAUCCUAAAAGAUCAAUAAAUCCUACAAGAGAUCCAAUAAAUCCUACAAGAGAGCAAAUAAAUCCUACAAGAAAUGAAAUAAAUCCUACAAGAGACUCAAUAAAUCCUACAGAGAUCCAAUAAAUCAUAGAGAGGCAAUAAAUCCUACAGAGAUAAAUAAAUCCUACAAGAUAUUCAAUAAAUCCUAAAAGAUCAAUAAAUCCUACAAGAGAUCCAAUAAAUCCUUCAAGAGAUUCAAUAAAUCCUAAAAGAUCAAUAAAUCCUACAAGAGAUCAAAUAAAUCCUUCAAGAGAUUCAAUAAAUCCUAAAAGAUUCAAUAAAUCCUAAAAGAUCAAUAAAUCCUACAAGAGAUCCAAUAAAUCCUGCAAGAAAUUCAAUAAAUCCUACAGAAACCCAAUAAAUCCUGCAAGAAAUUAAAUAAAUCCUACACAGAUCAAAUAAAUCCUGCAAGAAAUUAAAUAAAUCCUACAGAGAUCAAAUAAAUCAUACAAGAGAGGCAAUAAAUCCUACAGAGAUCCAAUAAAUCCUGCAAGAAAUUCAAUAAAUCCUGCAAGGAAUUCAAUAAAUCCUACAGAGAUCCAA